UCGAAAUCAUGCUUCUUAAAGCUGCUGCUUCGUCUUUGUCUAUCUCCAACGUCAAUGGAGACCAUCUCGGUUCUCUGUUUCCUUCAUCUUCGCCGUUUAACUCGUCUGCUUCUUUGUCCUUGAUUCUUCCCUUCUCUCCUGGGAAAAAUGGAAGUGCUUUAGUGCUUUGCGCCUCUAAGAGUGGGAAUGAUCGACCCCUUACAGGUGUCCUCUUCGAACCCUUUGAAGAGGUUAAAAAGGAUAUGAGUCUUGUUCCCGACGUCCCACAAGUUUCUCUUGCUCGCCGGAAUUUUUCGGACGAGUGUGAGGCUGCUAUUAACGAGCAGAUCAAUGUGGAGUACAACGUCUCCUACGUUUACCAUGCGAUGUUUGCUUAUUUCGAUAGGGAUAAUGUCGCUCUCAAGGGUCUUGCCAAGUUUUUCAGGGAGUCAAGUGAGGAAGAAAGACAUCAUGCUGAGAAAUUGAUGGAGUACCAGAAUAAGCGGGGCGGGAGAGUGAAGCUGCAGUCUAUUGUGAUGCCACUUACUGAGUUUGAUCAUGAUGAAAAGGGAGAUGCCCUAUAUGCUAUGGAGCUUGCUCUAUCAUUGGAGAAGCUAACUAAUGAGAAGCUCCUAAACUUGCACAAAGCUGCCUCAAAGAACAAUGAUGUGCAGUUGGCAGAUUUUGUUGAAAGCGAGUUUCUGGGUGAACAGGUUGAGGCCAUUAAAAGAAUGUCCGAAUAUGUUGCUCAGCUCAGAAGAGUGGGCAAGGGACAUGGUGUUUGGCACUUUGAUCAGGCUCUGCUACAUGACGAAGCUGCCGCCUGAAGGAUUUUUUUUUUUUUUUUUUUAAAUUAUCAAAUUUUACUUUUGUCCUCUGGCCAAUUCUCUCUAAGGUCGUUUGUAUGGAGUAGUCUAUCUGCUUGAUUUUGUGUAGUAUUAUGGCCAGAGGGGGGAUUGAAGUGGAAGCUGAAAAACUAUCGCUGAAUGAUUUUGGUCACCGUUAUCGUUAUAUAUAGACUCUGUCCGGUAGAGGAGAUCAUCAAAUAGAACAUUCUUCCAUGGGUUUGCUGUUCAAGUUCAACAUCAAUAUAGCGUCAAGGCAAUUAGAAGUU